GAAGAAUUGAGAGUUCUCAGCAAGGAAUUGAAUGGAACUCUAGCCCUUGCUAUUCAGCAGCUACACCAGCGCUUUGUAACAGAGCGUACAUUGACAAGAGAGUGGUCAGCGGCAACUCGGACAAUAUCAUGCCCAGCGGCUUCCAGAGCCCCAGCAAAAUGCAAAACCCUAGUUGAGCGUUUACGUGACUCCUGGCAGCAUCUGCUUAGAGAUCGUGCUACACGCAGUUUAACAUUCAAUGAUGAACAAUUCCAUCUCCUAGAAAAAAUUAAGGUGGCAGAGACGGGGAAAAGAAUUAAAGUACUACUUGACUCAGAGUGUCAGCCUGCCGUUACGCAACUCGCAGAGUGUCUUGCAGACUGGUACAAAAUGGCCCAAACAGCAUUCCUCCAAGCACGCAUCCUUGACAAGGAUGUUGCUGCCUAUGAAAAGAAUUUGCUCAAUUUUAUUAGUGCUGUCAGCGAAAAUGAUUCCAAGUACCAUGAAGAAAUUGCUGGUGUUGCCAAGGUAAAAAUCACUUCUAGCAACAACAACCAUGUAGGAGGAAUCAAGCAAGACUUGAGGUCAAUAAGAGCUAAUCUCAGAGAGCUUUCUUCAACAGGUGGAAGUAUUAGUAAUACGCUAGAUGAGAACACAAGCCUCAUUGUGCAGUGCCAUGCUGUUUUAAAUGAAGAAGAUGGAAUUGCUGCCGAAUCAUGAUCAAUUGUUUCCAAGAUUUUGAAGUCCUUUCACAUGAGAGGUAACUGGUGGACUCAAAAUAUUCUCAUUUUUUUGUCUUUUAAAGUUUAUCGGAAAGUGGAAUCUUUCAGUUUUACGCACAGGAUAAAUCCCUCUGAUUUUUGCUUGAUCCUAGUUAUAUAUUUAAAAAAAAAACAAAUCUCAUUUAAUUGGAAACAGAUUCUUCAGGAAGUUAUAACGUUCAGUCAGGGUUCCUAAUUUUCUUUUUAUUAAGUUCUUGAGUCGUCUCAAUGGGUGCAACAAACGUAGUGAAAUUGUGAUGCAAUGUCUGCAGCUUCAGGUCUGCAAUUUUUUUAAAAAAAGAAGGAAAAAAAAACAUAUUGGGCGACUCCAUUGUAGUUUCAACCGUAGGUCCAAAAAUUACCAUGGUUUUCCUUCAUUACCUACCAGUUUUCGAAAAAAUUGAAAUUUUUCCAAAAACCCGAUUUCUCUAGGGAAAAUUCAAUCUUCCGAAAAACUUUUGCAAUACCAAAAAAUCAAGGUCAUUUUCAGUUUCAGCAGCCACAAACAACAUGAUUUGCAUGCUUAAUAAAUCUUACCCCCUGUUCCUGACAAAAAGGUUUCUCCAUACCAAUAGUUUAAUCAGCCCACUGUAAAACAAAUCUAAUUAUUUUGCUCCUGAAAAGAUGGGAUAUUUUUUUUUCUGAAGUGUCUGAUGAGGCUACUUAUUUUGAUUUUGCUACCGAAGCUGCAAAUGACCUCAAUUUUUUUUCGUCACCUAUCUCGUCUCUGGAUGAUUAAAUUCUCUCUUUAAACAAGUUUUUUGGCAGUUGGAAUAGGCAUUUGUCAGAAAUAUUAAUUCUCAUGAAAAUCGAUAGAUGGAGGUCAUUUUCGGUUUCAGUGAGAAAAGCAAUAAGAAUUCCCAUCAGACGCGAGAGUGUAAAAAAAUUCUUGUCAUUGUAGAAGCUAAGCAGUUUAAAACAGAUCAAUUUUAUGCGGUGGCCUGGAGGCCGAUUUUGAGAAAAACCUCUUAUCAGGACCAUUGAUGGAAUUUGUUAUGCUUGUAAUUUUUAAUUUCUUUUGUACUUCUUCUUGCUGAAUUCAAGAGUGACCAUGAUUUUGAUCUAUCAUGUUCCAGUUUUCCAGAAAAUUAGUGAAAAUGCUGUGUUUUUUUCUUUCUAUCUUAAAAAUAAAUAAAUAUAUAAAAUCUUGACUUCCAGGGCUGAAAAUUGGCGAGAAAUGGAUAAAAAGUAAGUUCCCUUCUGCUUUCAGUGCUGAGAAAUACCCAGAAAUUACCCCAAAAUAAUGCCCUGCAUUUUUUAAACUCAUACCUGUGUAGUCAAAAUUAAGUACUUUGUAACAGGAUAAUUUUUCGUCUCUGUCUAGUCUUA